UUUUCCAGCUCUAGUUUUGUGAUUGUGUCAAAAUAAAAUACAGGGUUUUUUGUUGCAUUUGCAAUUAAAUCCGAUAAUAUCUGGCAUCAGGCGUGGAGUUAUGCGCGAGACGUCGUCGAAAGCGAGCAGCCAGCCGAGCGGCCACACGUUUGGCAUUCGUUAUUAAUUAAAUCAGCCGCCAACAGCUGAGCGAGCGAAAGAGAGAGAGAGCGAGAUAGUUAACCGAUACAGGCCACUUCCACUUCCAACCGGAGCAGCGCAGUCGGCGGCACCAGCGCAGCAGCAGCGCAGUCGACGUCACUUGGUAAUUAAAAGGAAAGACUGAACCAAACCAAAACCAAAAAGAACGAAAGUCGCAAAGUGGGAAAGUCGCAAAGUCGGAGAGUCGCAGUCGCUGAGAUUCACUCGUGUCGCACGUCCGUUCGUUCCCACAUUGUCGUUAUAAAAAUAGCAACGCCUUAAACGAUCGCAUCAACCUCAUCAUCAACAGUCCACCUCCCGCCUCCUCAGUCGCCGCAUCUCAUCAUCAUCUUCAUUGGCCAGCCGCAGAAUUACCCCUUGCUGAUUCAGCAGCGCCGGCAAGAUUUCACUGGAUCUAAUGGCCAAGGACGAGGAGGAUGACCUGCUGCCCGACAAGGAUGCGGCCAAGGGCUUCUAUGCUAAAUACGAGCCAAAGGAGAUUUUGGGCAGGGGCAUCAGUUCGACCGUUAGGCGGUGCAUCGAGAAGGAGACGGGCAAGGAGUUCGCCGCCAAGAUCAUCGACCUGGGCGCCACCACGGAGGCGGGUGAGACGAAUCCAUAUCACAUGCUCGAAGCAACCAGACAAGAAAUCUCAAUACUGCGCCAGGUCAUGGGGCAUCCCUACAUAAUUGAUCUGCAGGACGUGUUUGAGUCAGAUGCAUUUGUUUUCCUCGUAUUUGAGCUUUGUCCUAAGGGCGAGCUCUUCGACUAUCUGACCUCUGUGGUGACGCUCUCCGAAAAGAAGACGCGCACCAUCAUGCGACAGAUCUUUGAGGGCGUCGAGUAUAUACACGCCAAGAACAUCGUCCAUCGCGACCUCAAGCCCGAGAACAUCUUGCUCGACGAGAACCACAACGUGAAGAUCACGGACUUUGGCUUUGCCAGGCAGCUGCAGGAGAGCGAGAAACUCACAGAUCUGUGUGGAACGCCGGGCUAUUUGGCGCCGGAAACGCUUAAGUGCAACAUGUUCGAAGGAUCCCCCGGAUACUCCCAGGAAGUGGACAUAUGGGCCUGUGGCGUGAUUAUGUUCACGCUGCUCGUUGGUUGUCCGCCUUUCUGGCACCGCAAACAGAUGGUCAUGCUGCGGAAUAUCAUGGAGGGCAAAUACAGCUUCACCUCGCCUGAGUGGGCUGAUAUUUCAGAGGAUCCCAAGGAUCUGAUACGUAAAUGUCUAGUCGUUGAUCCUGCGCAACGUAUCACCGUCACGGAAGUAUUAAGACAUCCAUUCUUCAACCAAAUGGUGUUGAUGGGUGACCGACGGCAUCAGCCCCCGCCCAUCUUGGCCGCCCACUCGAGCCGGUACCACCUCCUCGCCUCCGAGACGUCAUCGUACCGCUUUGGGCAGCUGAACAGCAGCGCAGGCUACCUGUACUGUGCGCCACAGAGCUCCUACUCGUCAAACCGAAUGCGCGACGGUCCGCUGGAUGAUGCAGCUGUUGCCUCCUGCCACGCCGGCUCCUCCUCCUCCUCCUCGGGCUUGGGCAUGGACCUGGCGUCCUCCUCCUCCGUCUCAGCCUCCUCCCACAAAACGCUUACGGCGACGGUCUACUAUCAGCAGCAACCGCAGCAGCAGCAAUCGCAAUUGCAGCAGCAACAGUAUCAGGAACAACAGACGACGCUGCCGGUGCAAUUGCAUCCACAAUUGCAGCCAGGUGGCGAUGGCGGUGGCAAGCAAUCGGUGUAUGCACCUCCUACAGUGCAGCUGACAAUUAGUCAUAUCAUAGCGAGUAAACACUAUGUUUGUAUUAUAUGCACCUUUCUCUAGUACAUAUCUCUCGGGUGAACUGGAUGAUAUUUACAAGAACUGUAUGUAGUUGACUUGCUUCUGCCGUAUACCUCUGUGUAGCCAUAGCAAUAGUCCUAGAUGUAGUCGUGAACGGUGUCAUCUGUUACUAAUCUUAAAUCGCCAAAAACGCCUCUUAGUGUCUCUCAUUUCUCUCUGUGCCUUGUGAAGGAAGCCAGAUUAGUAAUAUAAGCUAACUUGCAUGCUAGUCUUAAUUAUGAUUAACCAUACAUAGCACAUAGCAUAGUGUAUAUACACCCAAAAAAAUACGAUUGAUGUUUUCUAAUUUGUAACGAAUUAGGUGUUAGGUCUAAAUUUUUAGUGAAAACUAUCACUUCUCAGCUUAGCCUAUCAAUUGGAUCAUUCAAUUUAUUAGUUGAAAAGAUUGCCUUACUGGGAUUUAAUAUUUUUUGGGUGCAUAUACUGCCCAUCUAUAAUCGUAUAUAUUAUGAAAUAACGCCUAAAUCGAUUCACUGACGGAUUAUUUUGUUUAAUUUCUCCUCUGUUGAUGAUGUUAUACACGUUUUGUUUGUGUGUCAUGUUCUCUAUAUUGUCAGAGUCUCAACGCCCUUAUAAGAUGUGUGUCUAUAAGUCGGUGUUGUGGAGACUCCCUUGUGAGUAAACCAAGUCAAACUGAGAUAGAUUUGCAUACAGUAUUAUAUCCAUCCAUCCAACCACGCCCACUCCGCAUACCUUAAUACUCGUCACUGUAUAUCUGUUUAUCUGCAUAAUGCCACACAUAUGAAUCGUGCCAGUUUUAUGGUAAUCCGUAAAUAGCGUCAAUGUUGUGGUUCACUCGAAAAUGUUUCUUUGACUGUAAUUACUCCUCUAAUCCCUUAACCCUAACCUCUGACCUUUCGUUUGCUUCCGGCUAUGGCUUUUUCUUUGUCUUCUGUUAAAACGUCUGCUUGGCCCACCAUCUCCACACUCAUCCGAUAAAGUAAAUAAUACUACCAAAUAACACUCACCCAUCGAAACACUGACCCCGGAGUUUUAUGCUCCACUAACAAUAACACUGAAUCUAACACUGGGCACUCGAAACAUAUCGCUGACCCCGAUCCGUGUUGUUUUUGUCCGAAGGAGUAACCAUUAACCAUUAACUUUUAAUCCGUCAACUGCUAACCCCAAAACGAAUUAACCCCCGAAUUUAACCAAUGGCGUGUGCACCUCUAACCAAACACAAAGCCAAAAGAGAUCGAUCCGCAAUGCGCGAGUUGAUGUCCCGAAAAUGCAAGUCC